AUGGCGCAAGGUUUCAAACCAGCGAAAAAGCCCGCAGGGCUGCCAAGCUCGUCCAAAGUCACGGGCAAAGCAAGGGCAUCCUCUUCCGCACAGGGACCGAAGCGAGGUAAAAGAGUUAUCGCAGCCAAAAAGACAGCCGCCGUAAAAGAUGCACAGGCGAAACGGAAACAAACUGCCUCGCUCACUUCACGCGUCGAGCAAGAAAUGGCAGGGAGAGCGGCGAGUGGCGGACCACUGACGAUAAUGAAGAAAGCAGCAGACGGCGCUGCGUCCGAGGCGGCCAAGAAGCGAGAAAAGGAGGCCAAGAAAAAGUAA